GCACCUCAGUUGUGCAACCAGAUGACAUGGCAGCUCUCUUUGUUUUCAAUUACAUCUCCUUGGUGCAAGACCCGGAGGCAUAAUUCAGCAGUAGACAAGAUACAAAAGGGCACCCAGUCAGCAAACAAAUCAGUCAGCACAACAAAACAUUCCAGCCUCCAAGAAAUUACGUCGCGACGUGACUGAAGACAUUAAAAGAAGAGACAAAGCCGAACAUUCCAGAGGCUGACUAGAUUGACUUUGAGCCCUGAGCAGUUGAGGUGAUAACAAGGAAUGGAGUUGAAUGAAGAGCUGGAGUCUCUAACAGCCAUUUUUGGUCGUGAUGUUUCCUAUUCCGUUGGGAGAGAUGGGCAAAUGCUUGUGAACAUUUUCAUGAAGAAGAAAAUCAUGGCUACUCUUAAACUACCAGGUAACUAUCCCAACUCCCCUCCUGAGGUCCAGCUGUCUCUGCAGUACAGCUUCCCCGAGCUCGAACAAUGCAUUAACGAUGUUUCUAAGGACUCCAUUGGUGCUCCUAUGCUGUUCCAGAUGAUCGAAGCCACUCGAGAAUGGCUACAGAACCACCCAAAUGACAGGGGCCGAGGAUCACGUGAUGUCUCCCCAAUACGGAGCAGUGACGCCACUGUAUGCAAGUUCUUCAAGCAAGGGAAAUGCAAAUUUGGUGAUAAAUGCAAACUACUCCACCCCACAAAAGGACACUCCCCCGCUAUGGCUGAGGGUGCUAUGGCAACCAUUGGAUCAAAGCAGAAACAAACUGGCAGUAAAGUAGACGAGAAAAACGGCAAAACAAAGCCAACAACUAUAACUACUCAAGAAGGGGAAGAAAGCGAAAAGAAAUCUUCAAUGCGAUCGGCUACUGAUGUAAUCUCACGAAUAUUAUGGGAUGGCGACCUACCGACAGAACAGUUUUGUAUUGGGUACCUUGACAGAUUUGUGGGGAUUAUUGAGAAGCCAUUUGCUGCAUUCAGUUGGGAAGACAUUGCUUCAGUUGGACCAAGUGUCCUCUCCAUUCCCAAGCACCGGAUCCAAUACUUCAAAUAUCGAGAUCAAAUUGUCUGGGACAAGCGCUCACAGAUGGACAACUUUUUUGGAUCACGGGGUGGCUCAACCAUUGAUGAAAUUGUCCAGGCUAUGGUACCCACUACUGAAGCAGGUGAUCAAAAGCAGCCAGCACAAAAUCUCGAGUUAAGUCCAAACAAGAAGCACUAUGAUGACAAAGACAGACCAACUCAUUUCCUGUGCAUACAAAUAUGCGAUCAAGAAGUUGUGGCUAAUAUACGCAUUGUUCAAGACCACAUUCUAACCGUGUCACCACAACUGUCUGAGGGACUUGUGUCUCCUACUGCUUUCCACAUCACUCUGUGUAUGGUCCGACUGGAGAACGAUGAUCAGAUCAGCAAAGCCAAAGCUGCUCUAGAGAAGAUGAAGCCACAUUUUCUACUCAUGCUGCCUCAAAAUGUCCACUUACUGCUAAACGGCGUCGACAACUUCAAAGACAGAUUGGUAUACGUCAAGGUUGCCCCGAAUGCUGCUCUCUCUAAGCUUGUCUAUCUUCUAAUUGAGCGGCUUCAAGCUGCUGGUGUUAAAACCCCUGGCAACCACUCCGAAUACACACCUCACGUGACAAUUGUCAAGAUGUCAAGACCCAUGCAAAAAGAGCUCAGCGUAAGAAUUGCUGGCCAGGCCUUGUACUCCAAGUUCCAGAACAAUAUCAUGGGAAGACAACAACUUCAGACAAUCGAUCUAUGCUCCUUGACUGGUCCAAAGCAAGAAGAUGGUUUCUUUCCACGACUACACACCAUAUCAAAUUCACUGGUACAUCUGACCCCUGACCUUCGACCCUCACUCUUGUGUGCAGUUGAAGCGCUAUCCACACACGGAAAACUUUCAGAAAGAGAAAAGGCUACAAUUGUGAAUGUUGUUUCUUCCUCUUCCAUGGAUUUACCUGAUGAAAGGAAAUUCGAACGAGCCCUCAAACUUCUCACGAAUACUCGUCUCACUAGCUCACAAGAAACAGCUGUUGUUAUACUUCGUGGCGUUCCCGGAUCAGGCAAGUCGUUCCUAGCCACCAACUCCUCUGAAUACCUCAGCAACCCUUCUGAGUUUGCUGUUUGCAGUGCUGAUGAAUACUUCAUCAAAGAUGGUACAUACACAUUUGUUCCUGAGUUAGUUCCCGAAGCCCACGCAUAUUGCCUUCAGAAAUUCCUGAAAUGCGUUUCCAACAUCGAAUUCAAGUUUGUGAUUGUGGACAACACUAAUUCCCAAGUGUGGGAGUAUCAGAUAUACACCUACUUGUGUGAGAUCCUGCAUCUAGACAUGCACAUUGUUGAGAUUCCGUGUCCAACCGAUUUCAUUGCUGGCAAGUUCCAAAGUCGAAACGCUCACAACAUUGACAGCACUGCAGUCAAAAACACGGUACAAAGAUGGGAGAAUGAUGACAAUGCUCUUCGUGUGUCCCCCCGGCUUUCCUACCCAACUGGCUCGACCAGCAGGCCUGAUUUCUCAUUGGAGUGGAUUGUUCAACUAGGAAAAUACCAAUCUCAAUUAUUGGAUUCAUUCUCCGCUCAUUUUGCCAUAUACACGGGCAUCUUUUUGACCACUGAGUCACAAUGGCUACUAGUAUCUACCUACCCACCAGCCUUUGCAAAUGUGCAUGCCGAUCAUGUGACCCUCUGUUACAAGCCUUCUACUGAGUCUAUCACAGCCACAAAAAUUGGUCAGAAAGUAAAGAUACGUGUUACAGGUCACGAGUCAAGCAGUGGUGUGCAAGCUGUCCGUGUGCAAGUCCCUAGUGAGGUACAAUGCAAUGCCGACAUCCCACACAUCACCAUCUCUACGGACAACGGUGUGGCUCCCAAGAUGGCAACAGCUAUGCUCAGCAAGACUCAAGUGUCCACAAAGCAACAAAACUCUAUUGUUCUGGAAGGAACUGUUGGGAUUGUUGUGCGUGAACUCUUUGAAACAGACAAACUCUCUGACACUGAAGCUAACAAAGGUUCAGUGAUAAGUGAAUCCGACCUUGCCAAGCUACAAAUAACCUCGAAGAAAAUGUUCCAACAGAAAGUGGCAAAGAAGUUGUACCCCACACUUGCAGUAGCUGAGGAGACGGAGGUGUCCAUUCACAAUGGCACUAGUGACAUCACAGAUCUCUUCCUGUUUGAUUUUGAUGGCACCCUAUUCCACACACCCUACCCAGAGGAGGGAAAAGCACUCUACAAGCAGCAGACGGGAGAGAACUGGCCGCACAAAGGAUGGUGGGGAUGCCCACAGUCACUGUUGCCUCCAUUGGUCAUCUAUCCAGGACCUGCUAUCGGCGAUUUUCGCUCACAUUUAGGACUACCUGGUUCCAAGACGUUCAUUUUGACAUCACGAAUCGAUAAAGCACGAGGACCAUUGAAGAAAAUUAUUGAGCAUGCUUCCAUUUUCCCUGAACGAGUUUUGAUGAAGCCUAGUGAUUUAAGAGUGUCUGGUGACGUCUUCAAAGGAAUUGCCAUUAAGGAGCUUCUCUCUCAGUUACCCAAUCUGACCAGAAUCAAGUUUUGGGACGACAAAGAAGAGAAUUUGAAAGAAGUUAAACGUGUUGCUAAGCUGACCAAGCCAGGCAUUCAAGUGGAGCUGCUGCUCAUGGAAAAACCUCUCUCUCUUGAUCCAGACUACCUCGAGGAAUUGGUGCUGAAAUCAAAACCCCCUAACUCUCGUUUGGAGACCAACCUCACAACGUACUGCCACUUGCCAAGUGCUACCUACACCCAAGCUGCUCAAGUUGGAGUCCAUUUCCUCGCUCAACAGUUUUCUCAGAUCAUUGAAUUUCAAGACGACCCCAAUCUCUUGGCGUACCCAUUUGGUUCAUUUCCUCUAGGACGUUCCAGUGAUGUUGACCUUUGUCUCCUUGCCCCACCCACUAACACGCCUAUGGAGUUCGCUGACAAACUAGCAGCACAGCUAGAGUUAUGUGGUAUCAAGUUCAUCCAUGUUGGCCGAAGCUCCCGCUGUCCAAGACUGAAAGUUAGAAUUAGUUUCAAUGAAAUUGGACCCAUCGAUUACGACAUUGUGUUUGCGAUUGUGAAAGAAGAAGCUAUUCUUCACAGUCUGGAAAAUCUUACUGUACUUGAGCUACAGAGCAUGCUCAAACCUGGAGAUGCUGCAAGCAAGACUGCAUUCACUGGACCUGUGUUUCUCCAUCAUGUGAAGGAGGCUCUCCAAGGUGUUAUCUCAAGUUCAAUCUUUGCAGCUGUGGUGGAAAUGACAGUACAAAUCCUACGAGCCAGCCACCUCAAAGGAAAUGCAUACCAUUGCAUUCGUACCUUCCACAUCAUUCAACUGCUUGCUGAUUUUAUCAAGUCUCGUACCAAAGUCUCACCAUCUUCAGAAUGGAACGCAGACACACUAUUCAAGGUGUUUGUCAACAGCUGCUCCCAGCUACCAGUUCCAAAAUGGAAGAAGCUAUUUGGCGAUUUUGUACCCAGUCAAUACAUUGACAAAAUUAUCAGUCUCUUCGUUAAAGUUUGUGGACAUGUCGAGUCAAGUGAUUUCCCCUCCUCAGAGACCUACUACACGCUAAGAACACGAGUCCCCAUCCCCCAGCCAUCUUACACUGCAGUGAGCAUCCAGGUCAGUAGCAGCAAUGAAGUAUUGCUGUGGAAAGCAGCCUCUGUGAUCGAAGCUAAGUUGCCUACUUACAUACGAAAGCUACUGGAUUCUGGCAUUGAUGUCAUUCCUUGCCCCACCACAAAUGAUGAGAGGACAUGCACAUUCUGUUUUGCUGUCCCUGAGGGCAACAACAACAAAGAAGCAAUUCAGCAAGUCUUGAGGCCUUUCUGGGGAGAAAUAUCGGAGUAUCGACAAAACAACGGUAUGAGUAUCAAUCUUCUAUUUGAAUCGUUGGAAGAGUACAAGCUAGACGAAGAGAUGGUAGCUACUGCAGCCUCUCACAAGUACACUGACUUGGUGAUGAAGUUUUGCUCAGGUAAGGAGAGGGAACUUCACCUGUCCCCUAAUCUAAGUGCUUACGAGAGGCGACUGGUGCAUGAAGCUGCUGAGAGGAUGGGAGUGUCACACAAGACAGCCGACAAAGAUGGCAAGGCUCACAUUGUGUUACAGAAAACUGGAACUAAUUGAACAAAAUUAAUUGUUUAAUUGCAUGCAUGUCGUUGUUUGCGUAGAAUGUGCUAGCUUGCUGUUUUAUUAUUUUUAUACUGAAAGUGUGCUAUAGUUUAUAUUAUAAUAGUUGCAGUAAACAUUUGUCAUAAUUAUGAAAAAACAUUAAUUUGCUGUUCA